AUGCCUCGUCCGGGGAGGAACACGUACAGCGACCAGAAGCCCCCCUACUCCUACAUCUCCCUCACGGCCAUGGCCAUCCAGAGCUGCCCGGAGAAGAUGCUCCCCCUCAGUGAGAUUUACAAGUUCAUCAUGGACCGGUUCCCGUACUACCGGGAGAACACGCAGCGCUGGCAGAACUCCCUGCGCCACAACCUCUCCUUCAACGACUGCUUCAUCAAGAUCCCGCGCCGACCGGACCAGCCCGGGAAGGGCAGCUACUGGGCGCUGCACCCGAGCUGCGGCGACAUGUUCGAGAACGGGAGUUUCCUGCGGCGCAGGAAGCGCUUCAAGGUGGGCGGCAUGCAGGCCACGGACCCGCUGGGGCCCAGCAAGCCGCAGGACGCGGCCCACUACCUGCAGCAGCAGGCCAAGCUGCGGCUCAGCGCGCUGCACGCCGCCGCGCACCUCCCGCACAUGACGGGCGGAUACAACCUGAGCUCCGUGUCGCAGCCGUCCAGCUUCAAACACCCGUUCGCCAUCGAGAAUAUCAUCGCCAGAGAGUACAAGAUGCCGGGCGGCCUGGCGGCCUUCUCCACCGCCGGGUACCCGCUGCACAACCAGCUGACCCCGGCCUGGCCGCACAUGUACGGCUCCGGGAUGAUGGACACCACGGCCCCCAUCUCCAUGGCCAGCGACUACUCUGCCUACGGCAUGCCGCUCAAAUCGCUCUGCCACGGCGGACAGACUCUGCCCGCCAUCCCGGUGCCCAUCAAACCCACGCCCGCCUCACUGCCCUCACACAUCCCGGCUUUCCUCGCGAACUCGCCCCAGUCUCUGAGCCCCACGUCCCCGCACACAGCCACCGGGCAGAGCAGCCCGGCCGCGCCCGGAGAGGCGCUGCCCUCCUCGGCCUCGCUGCAGUCCGUGGUGGCGGUGCACUGACCGGAGCCUGGACUUUUCUCUUUUUAUAUAUUAAAUAAAAACACUGAAGGGAAAACGAGAAACUUCU